AUGAACGAAAAUAUCAAAGGAGGCGAGAAAGAAUUUCAUUACCAAAGGUAUCUAAAUGUAGCGGCGAGGCCCCCAAACUGCACAUCGGCGCGACUAUCCCUCCACCCUCUGGUCUACCGUAAGCUAAUCCACUGGGAGAAGCUGACUUCCUUACCAUCUUUCCAGGCCGAAAGCCGCUGCAACCAAUGCUUGGUGAGCGUCUGCACGUCGUGCAGCGAGGCACACGGCCGGCAGAAGGCGACGGCCAGACAUUCCUUGCACCCACUGGACCCACUGCCGCCCAAGUACUGCAGCCAGCAUCCAAGAGCUGAGCUCACGGUGUACUGCGCCACUUGUCAGCAGGUAGUCUGCCGCGACUGCUGCCUCGUGUCCCACUCAGGGCACGCAUUAGCGAAUGCUGCACGGGCGGCGGCGGAACGCGCUCGUCUACUCAGAGACGCGUGCGAGAGGGCCAAGCAUGUUCCCGAGAAUGUUGAGAGGGCCGUGAGGAUACUCAGCUCGACUGCUUUUGAAGCUGAUUCCCAAGCAGCCCGUGUAGAAAGCGAAGUCCAAGCGUGGGCAGAUCAGUACCGGCGGGCAGUAGAGGCCCACGGUCGGGCGGUGUGCAUGGCCGCAGCCAGAGCCCGCGACCGCUACCGGCAGAGGGUAGACGAGAAGACACGGGAGCUGCAUGAUAGGGCGCAGCACGCGGUUGACGCUGUGAAGUUUGCUGAGGAGGUAAUUAAUAAUCUUGACUUGAGCCAUUUGCCAGUACCCAACAAAAAUAUCGGUGAUGUAUGAGACGACGCGAGAGCUGCCCGAUAGCAGGAGGAUGAUGUUUUGAAUUUGCUGAGGAUGUAAGAACAGCAGUAUAGGCGGGCAGUGGAGGCCACGGUCGGGCGGUGUGUAUGGGCGCAGCCAGAGCCC